AGUAACAUGAUGCUUUCAGCUGGGCAGGAUCUCCGCAGAUCUUCUCCACUGGUGCCACACAAGCCCCUCCUUCUACAGCAGAACUAUAAAAGAGAACCGUAUUCAGGGGUCUUUACACAGCACAACCAUGUGGCACCUGCUUCUCGUCAUUCUGCUCUGUGGAGGUCCUGCUGGUAAGCACUGGGGAAGGGGCAGGUGGAGGAUGGGGCAUCCUUUCCCCCACGGCCAUUAGGAACUUCAAAUAGAAUGUUGGAAGAUUCAGGACAGAUAAAAUAAGUAACUUAUUCACGCACCACACUGGUACUCACACAGCAGGCAGUGAUCACCACUAACUUAGUGGCUUUAAAGGAGGAUUAGGCAAAUUCAUGGGGGAUAUCAAUGGCUACUAGUCAUGCUUGGUGUGCACUACCUCCAUUGGUUUGCAUAGUGUUCUUUAAUUUUUUAUCAUUUAUUCAUGUCAAGUUAUUAAUGUCACUUAAAUUUAAAAGAUCCAUGGGGUCACAAAGAGUCGGACACGACUAAACGACUAAACAACAACAACAACAAUUUAAAAAAAAUCUAAGUGAAUUACUUCCAAUAGUAUAAAACAUGCAAAAAUUAGCAAUAAAACAGUAUAUAUAAUAAAUUUAUCAAAAUAUAGGUAAAAAAAAAACCCAGUUAAAAAUAAAAGGACCCAAAAUAAGCAGACAGCAAGAGUAGAUGAUAACAAUCUUUAAUUUAGGAGGGCAAACAAAUACUCUGGUAUUACUGGUCAGUAUAGAUAACUGGGGACGCGGGUGGCGCUGUGGGUUAAACCACAGAGCCUAGGACUUGCCAAUCAGAAGGUUGGCAGUUCAAAUCCCCGCGAUGGGGUGAGCUCCCGUUGCCAACCUAGCAGUUCGAAAGCACAUCAAAGUGCAAGUAGAUAAAUAGGUACCGCUCCGGUGGGAAGGUAAACAGCGUUUCCAUGCGCUGCUCUGGUUCGCCAGAAGCGGCUUAGUCAUGCUGGCCACAUGACCCGGAAGCUGUACUCCGGCUCCCUCGGCCAAUGAAGCGAGAUGAGCGCCGCAACCCCAGAGUCGGCCACGACUGGACCUAAUGGUCAGGGGUCCCUUUACCUUUAUAGAUAACUGAGCUAGAUGAGCUGAUGUUCUGAAUCAGGCUAAGGUAGCUUCCUGUAUUCCUGAUACCAGACAACAGAGGCAAGUCACCCACAGGGCAGGUUUAGCCUUCACUGGGUGGGGGCUGAGCCUGGUUCCUGACAAAACCCAAUAGCUCCAGCCAUAAAGAAUCCAGCUUACUCCUCACUGAAUUACCUCCCUCUCUAGAAAGACAGGAUGUUGUAAUAGUUAAGAGUGUUGGGCUAGGACUGGAGAAAGACACAAAUCCUCACAGAGCCAGUUAAGCCAUGAGCCGGCCACACUUGCUCAGGCUAAUCUAUCACAGUGGGGGAGAUGCAGGCACUGCUACCCUGAGCUCCUUGGAGGAAAGGAGGGGUUAAAAUGGAAGAAAAAAGAGUGCAACAGAAGGCAAGGUAAGAGCAACUGGUAGGGUUGAGUCCACACCCUCUGAAGCCUGUGAGGUCCAGGUCUGUUCCCUGCUCCUGCGCUAGGAGUGCCAAAGAAUCUCUGACCACAGCUGGCUUGCAAACCAGGCAGCCUCUUUUGCUUCCACUUCAAAUGUUGGACAAACCUGAGUAAACAACCUGAGUGGUAAAAUUUCUCAACCAUGCCCUGAUGCCCCUCCUCAUCAUGCGACUGAGGAAAAUUAGUCCAGGAGAGCCUGAGCUGCAAACACUGGAAAUACUGAGAUUGUUUCCCUCCCUGGCUUUUCAAGUGCGUCAACUGAGAUUUCAUUGCACUGCUUCCUGUGGUCUACGACUCAGAGACUUGACUUUAAGAUGAGCACAUUGUCUUGUGUACCCUAUUCCUUGAGCAGAAAGAGACUUCGGGAGUUCCAGUGCUUAUCCAGGGUUCAGAUUGCUUGGAAUGGUCAACAGAGACUGUGGUUUCUUUAGGAUAUAUGGUUUUAUUUUCAUGUAUACAGUCUGUGGACAAACGCCGGCUCCUUCGGCCUGAAGCUAGAUGAGCGCCACACCCCAUAGUUGCCUUUAACUGGACUUAACUGUCCAGGGGUCUUUUACCUUUACAUUUUUACCUAUAUACCUGAGCAUAGGAUGGAAGGGUUUACAGAAUCAACACCUCAGCAGAUUUGCUUCCCCAUCAGGUUUCCAGGGGAGCCCCAAGUCCAGCACAGAGCAAGACAUGUCUCCAUCUUUCCAGUUUCCCAAAUCAGCCCAGCUCUCACAUACACAGUCCUCUCAUGGCCUAUUAUUCUACAUCCUAGGAUGAUGUAUCAUCCAGACAGAUGAGGUGGGGAAAGGGCUCCUCAUUUGUCUCUAAGGCAAUAGCGCUCACCCUUUAAGGUGCAGAUGACAGGUGUAUUCUAACCUCACAUAUACAGGAUCACAGGUUUGGAAAGGAUCACGUGUGUCAUCCAGAUUCCAGACUGCCCUCCACACCACUUCCCACCAAACCUAUAAAACAAUAUUAUCCUGCCCACAUUAUGAUGCUGCUCACAAGGGCAUGUCCUUCUCUGCCCUUUUCCAGUGCUGGCUGGCAAGAUUUCCAUUGAGGAUGGAUGUGCCAAAGGUCCUACAUAUUGGUGCAAGAACCUCGUGACGGCCAUCCAGUGUGGUGCCUGGGAACACUGCAUGCAGGCUGGAUGGAACAGUGCCACCCAAGUGAGUAGCUGCUGUUCUCUCUCUCUCUAUCCCUCCUCUGACUUGACUUUGGUGCAGGAAGUUAAAACUUGGGGGUGGGGUUAGUUGGGGACAGCUGCACUGUCUCUGUCUUUGGCAUACUGGGUUGCUGUGUCAAGAAGCCCAGUGGUUGCCUGCCCACAUUCUGCCGGUGACCCAGGGUUUUGUGACAGCUGCAUUUUCAGGUUGCCCUCAUUUCCUUAAUUUUUCCUCCAGGAAGACACUUGUGCAGACUGCAAAGAGAUUGUUACCAUCCUUGUUCGCAUGGCCAAGGAGUCAACCUUUAAGGUAACCCAGGUAGCUGGAAUGUGUGGAAUUAGUGCUGCUGCUGCUGCCCACAAGGUUGUUCUCUCUCUUUUUUUGCAGCAGCAUUUAGUCUGUACCUUUUGUUGACAUUUAACCCAGAUUUCCCUUCAUACCAUGGAGAAUCCAGUAAAUAAAAAUAACCCAUUAUGCAUCUGCAGUCUAAAACAUGUGGGUUUCAGGCUGAAACCCUACAUACUCAUUUAUUUACCUGGGAGUAAGUGUCACUAAAUUCAGUGGUUCUUACUUAUGAGUGAACAUGUGUAGGGUGGUGCUGUUAAAGAGGACAGACCAGUGAGAAGAGGGCCAUUACACUCAGGUCUUGCUUGUGACGUCUGGUUGGCUACUAUGCAAACGGGCUGUUAGACUAGAAAGGGCUUCCUUGGGGGUCUUCUGAUGUUCUUAGCUAAGCUGAUUGUAUGAAUAGUCCCAGGAGAGGCAGGCAUUGUGAGAGACAGCUGGACAGAGAUCUCAGUCUUGCCCAAACAGCUCCCAGACACCAGAACUUAGAAACAUCCAAUGAAGCUGAGUGUUGGAUGAAAUAAAGUUCUUCACACAACACACAGUUAAAUUAUGGAACUUGCUCCCACAGGAGGCAGUGAUGGCCACCAACUUGAAUGGCUUUAAAAGAAGAGAACAGAAUCAUAGCUGUCAACGUUUCCCUUUCUUAAAGGGAAAUUCCCUUAUUCCAAAUAGGAUUCCUCACAAAAAAAGGGAAAAGUUGACAGCUAUGAACAGAAUGCUGGACUCGGUGGACCAUUGGCCUGAUCCAGCAGGCUUUUCCUAUGUGUGGGGUAACCAGCCUCAUAUCACAAACAUGCAUGUCUAUUUAAUAUAGGAAGAGGUUAAUACCAUAGUGUAAGCUAUACUGCCAGGCUUAGCUAUGUCCACUUCCCACCACCUUGGGAGGAACUUUGUUCUUCACUCUACUUGAUUGCUUCCGCUCACCCGCAUGAGCCACUCUUGAAUUCCUAUAGGAAGUUUCACCACUUGGCAAAGUUUUACUCCCUGUAUAACUAUUUCUGAAGCACAUGACUCUCACCUAUGGAGAAUUUGUAAGUACGGUAAACCAUUUUUUAAACUUACGAAACAUGGUCUUUUUCCUAUGCUGGGGAAACAAGGAAAAGAAACAUUUUAAGGGGACAUUUUGGAACUCAUGUGGAGGGGCACAUUUUAAAGGUGUUACAGCCUAUAUUUCCACACUUUACUUUGCUGCAUGUUUAAAGUAUCUGCUGGGGUUCUCUCCCCAAAAAGUACUUCCCCUAAACUUGGAUCUUGGCACCCAGAAAUUGUCCUAUGUUCUCCCCUCUACUCUCUAAACAUUGCUGUUCCCACACAGAAGGCCAUCCAGAACUACUUGAAACACGAAUGUGCGGCUUUUUCACUUCAGACCUUAAUCCCAAGAUGCCAGGAGCUUGUGGAUACCUACUAUUCUCUAUUCAUCACCGCCUUAGAAGGACAGAUUGUAAGUGGCCCUUUCCCCACACACAUCAAUGGCAAAUAAUUUCUCCACAACAAACAACACAGUGGCUGUUGUGUGGAGGGAGGGCAAGGGAGGGAAAGCAGAGGCUGCUCUGUCAUGAGGUAGUUGGUUUUGGAUGCCCUGAAAGGGCAGCCAAGCAGCUGACAGGCUCAUCUGGUCCAUUCCACUGGGAAGUUCUUGCACAUUACAAUGGGGCUUGUGCAGGAAAACUUCCCCAGGGCCUGUGCUGCAAGGACCACCUCUUCAUACCCUCCAGCAUUCCUCAGAUUAAAAUAGGAACAUUUCUCACUCCCCCCCCACAAAUGACCUCCCCAUUUUUGUGUGUCCCCCCCGCAAAUUAAAUUUCUAUCAGAAAAUUUGUUUUAUGAAAAGAAGCGCACACACCAAUAAAUGUAUUUAAAAAUAAAUAAUAAAUAUAUUUUAGAAAGAGGCAAGAUUAGAUGUGGAUGCUGGAAUCAUUUUUUUAAAAACCUCAAGGCUUCUUUUCACACUGCUCAUCUCCCCCUUUCUUCCUGCCCAGGGCAGCCCUGUGCUCUGCCUGAACCUCAGAGCUGGUGUGUCAUGGGGGGGUUCCCCUCACAGGUGGCAGCCUCUCUUCCUCACCUGCAGUCCAGCAGCUGCUACAAGCUGCCCAAGGGGGGAAUCUGGCAGCGGUAGCCAUGGAGAGGCAACAGGAUGCUCCUUCGCGGCAGCCAGUGGGAGAAGUAGGGGCAUUCCAGGUUCAAAUCAGAAGCUGGGUUGGCUUUCGUAAUUCUGGGACUGUCCCUGGAAAAUCAGGCCACUUGGUGGGCAUGCCUCUGCCUUGCCUGUCAGAGUAGGGCAACUGGAGAUGGAGUAUUCCUUUCUCAUGCCUUAUCCCUUCUGCCCUUCAGCAACCCGAUGCUGUAUGUGCAAAGUUUGGCCUCUGCCAGUCUGACCCACUGGAGAGCAAGGACAUCUUUGGUAUGCUGGUUCAAAAGAUGGCAGAACAGAUCCAGCUCCUGCAAGGCAAAGCUUUUAUUAUGCCCAACAACAAGACCCAGGUAAGGAGAGCCUCUUCUGAUGACUUGAACUCCAGUCCAGUGAAAGAAAAUUGUAUAAACCCCUAAGCCAGCCUUCCACAACAUUGUAACCUCCAUAUGUUUGACAGUACAACCCACAAACAUCUGGAGGGCAUUGGGUCAGAGAAGGCUGAUCUAAGCAGUUGUCUAGGAAAGCAUAUUGCAUCCUACUUCAUUCUACUUUCCCAUUAUAAUGGUUUCAAAAGAGAGCCAGUAUGUUCUAGUGGCUAGAGAGUGUCAGACUAGGACCUGGAAAACCAGGGCAAAAAUCCCUAUUCAGCCAUGACAUGGUGGUGCACAAGAGCAUAUAUAGAGCCACUUUGAAACCAUUAUAAGGCAACAAAUACCACUAAAAAUAUGCUAAUCACCCAGUUACAGCUGCACUGCAGUGGGCAAUGCAGGAGGGCAGAGAUAGAAAGGAAGAGGAAUGAGGUAAGGGUAGGGGAGAAUGGGCAGAGAAAGAGUCCAGUGGGUGGGUCACUAGGAGAAUCAAGAGACCUAGGUAAAGGGACCCCUGACUGUUAGGUCCAGUCAUGGCCGACUCUGGGGUUGCGGUGCUCAUCUCGCUUUACUGGCCAAGGGAGCCGGCGUACAGCUUCCGGAUCAUGUGGCCAGCAUGACCCAAGCCGCUUCUGGCGAACCAGAGCAGCGCAUGGAAACGUCGUUUACCUUCCUGCCGGAGUGGUACCUAUUUAUCUACUUGCACUUUGACGUGCUUUCGAACUGCUAGGUUGGCAGGAGCUGGGAUCGAGCAACGGAGCUCACCCUGUUGCGGAGAUUCGAACCGCUGACCUUCUGAUCAGCAAGCCCUAGGCUUUUAUGGUACAUAAAUGGUAAAGCUGGGGGGCGGGGAGUGCACCCCUCAGGUGGGUGCAAUGAAGUAGCCGAAGCUGGAACAUUUAUGCUCCAGUAAGAACAGGGCGUUAAUCUUCCCAAAAUGAGAUCUGCUCUGUUGCACCUUUGAUUAAUUUCUGUGCCUACCUGUUACACGACUUAUUCCUCUUUCUUUUCUCAGGAUAAUCCCAAGGAGGAGCUGCUCUUCCCUUGGCCCUGGCGUUAUGUUUUGCCUCAGUGUUGGCUGUGCAAGAACCUUGUAGGCCGGAUUGAAUCCAGCCUCCCCAAGGUAUCGUAUUCUCCUUUCUUUGUGCCUUAAUUCAGCCUUCUCCAACACGAUGCCCAUUAGCCCCAGACAGAAGAGUCCUAUCAUACUGGGUUUGAUGGAUAUUUUGGUCUGAAACAUCUGAAGAAGGCUGCUUUACACAUCCAAACUCUGGUCCAGAAUGCAACCUCACAAGACUCUAAAUUGUUCUUUUAUUUAUUUAUUUAUCAAAUGUUUCUGGACCUCAGCAUUAAGCUUGUGAAAGUGUCUGCAACCAAAGCUCAGGAAGCUAAAAGUUUAACUGAUAGAAAAGGUGGAGUAGAAGCUCCUGGGAUGAGUGGACUGGGCAGGUCUUUGUCUUUUCAACUUUCAGCCUCUUCUCCCAGGAAACAAAGCACUGCUCACAGCUGAUAUUAAGUAUAUGGCAAAAUCUAUGUCAGAAAAAAACCCACAUCUCUGAUUUGCUUAAAUUUGCAGUUCUUAGCUGAGAGAGCAUGUCACAAUUUGAUAUGAUGAACAGCUGUGAAACUUACUGAAUGCCGAAAAUUGGGGGCCCCCUUUGAGCUUGAGGCCACUGGCCCCCCACAACCCUAACUGGCCCUAUGAAUAAAACCCUGUGAUGAUUCUUGGCAUCUUCCUCAUUUCCACCUUCAUGUGUCCUAAACUGCAAGGCAGGCGGCAGCUUUCAAGUUGAGAAUGAUGUCUCCGAGUCUGGAUUCAGACGCAGGGCAGGCCACUAACUUCACCCAAAGUCCUUUGUCUUCUUCCUUAGGAAGCUAUUGGCAAAUCCAUGGCCCAGCUCUGCCGCUUUGCACCAGGAGCCGCUGCUGGGAUGUGCCAGUGCUUGAUGGAGAAAUACACUGUGACCAUUGUAGACGCGGUUCUGGGCAAGGUGGGGCCAAACCUGAUCUGCGGGAUGAUGCUCAUGUGUGCCACAGAAGAAAACUUUGGCCCAGGUACAGACAACUUAAAACCUUGGUGGGCUAGGUGGUGUUUUGUGAUCAAACACUAGUGUUUUGUGGUAAUCUAUGAUGUUUGUCACUCUGAGAAAUUUCUGGACAGUUUCCAUCAUUUUGGCUGGUUCUGUGUGUAGCACCUUGCCAUCCAGAACAAGAAGCAGCCUGGCCACAUACUCACCUCUGCUCCUCCACAGGCCACAUCAGGCUAAGUCAAGGGGUCAGAAAAUCAGGACCAGGGGCCAAAUGUGUGGCCCUCAAAACUCUCUCUAGGCCACACCUCUCACUGGCCCUGCUUCACACCAAGGCCUGGAUUAAGCUAAACCAGCAGAAGCCAGAAUUUAAGAUUCUGCCUGGUCUUCACUGAACCUCCAUCCUGAUCGGUUUGUGUGAUGUUUGCACAUCUUCCCAUUAACCAUUGCAUUAUUCCACACUUUUCAAGGCAUUACCAUGUCACUUACCCAAUUGCAAAAAGUCUGUAUUUUUUUCUCUCCCAAGUAGACUUGUACUAGGAUGAUAGUUUUUAUUCACUUUAAUACUGCCAAACUAGAUUUCCCCCAUAUGCCCUUGAAUCCCUCCCCCCAAUAGUGACAGCCUGGAGACGCCCUAGCAAUGGAAUGACAAUUGGUAUGCAAGCCCAGCUAUUCUCUACAAUGGGCAAACCGGCUUUGCAUACGAUUCUGGGAACAACAAAGAGUUUUUAGAAAGCAGAGGCUGGCUCUGUCCACACUCCUGUUUCCUGUGCAUUCUCUGCAUUCCCAGUACUGGGUUUUUAAUCUGUGUUCGCAGUAUCUUAUCCAAAAUGCAGGAGUAACCUGUACUUUGCCAGUCUGAUGCAUUACUUCUCAAAUCAGCUGCACACUUCAGAGUCCUUAAAACAUUCCUAAUUCGUCUCUAGCCAAGGUGCGACCCCCCUAUGCAAACAGUAAAGACAUCCUCUCCCUGUGUACAUCUUCUGUGUACAGAAACAGAAUGAGGCCCUGCUGAUGUGGACAGCUGGAGGAGGGGGAGAGCUAUGAAACAUGGGGGGGGGGACUUUGCUACCCUUUAAGGCGGUAAUGUGGACACCCUUUGCCUCCCUCCCAUUCAUUUUCACUAACUGCUGCCUCCUACUGCAGAUAGUAAAAAUGAGCAAGCUCCCUGCAGGCAGGCAUGCACCAAAGUUGGGGUGCACUUGGCUGCAGGGCACUAAUUCUCCCCAGAAGGUGCUGGAAGAGGAGGUUGUGGAGGGUGGGGGUCCGCCAGUUUGAACAAGCAUUUGAUUGGGUGGCAUGCUUGUCUGUCAGUCCAGCUGUGCAAACAGCAUCCUUUGACACUUUGCCUGUAUUCUUCCACUGUUUGACAGAUGCAGAGGCUUACCUAGGGGUUGGCUAGGUUGGCCCUUGCCAAUGGUGCAGGCCCAGGGAGGCGGCUGAGAGUGGCUAGGAGCCCACCCACCCAUGUGCACGCUCCCUGGGCUGCUUCUCUGCUGCUCUAAGCGGCCAACAUCUCUUUGCCAAGGGGACAAGGGAUGUGGGCAGGGGCACCAAUACAUCUCAUUGCUAGGGGUGCAAGGUAGAGCAUCAUCUCCUCCCCCAGUGCAAUUGCACUGAUUGCACUGAUUUAAGUCCUUAAGCUGUUCCUAAUUUGCCUCCAGCUAAGGUAAAGACAUUCCCACCCCUGUCAACUCCCCUUGGUGUGUACACAAACAGAAGUGAAUCAGACACUAAUGAAGCCAAUAGCUUUGGGUUGAGUGUGGAACUUCAUUGCCCUCUGAGGUGGUAAUGUGAUCACACCCUAGGUCACAACUUGCUAGAGCAAGUUGGCUGCUUAGACUGAGAUCCAACUGAGGGCAGUGGGUAGCUGGGAAAGUAUAAAGCUUUCUCGUGUGUGUGCGUGCGCACACGCGCAAAACACCACACUGCUCCACAGCCCUGCCUCUUUGUGCUUUCCCCCCUUGCAGAGACCCCUCCACUGUCACUCUCUGGCCCAGCUGACCGCUGCCAAGCCUGCCUGGCUCUCAAGACCCAGGUGAAGGCAACCCUCAAGCCCAACAGCAGCAGGGCUGAAAUGGAAGCAGCUCUGUUGACAGCCUGCAGCAACACUUUUCGGAGCUGGGAAGAGGUGGGUUACCCUAACGAGCAGAAAGCCACAGCCUUCUUCAAAGGAUUGUUAAAAAUAUGCAAAGGCCAGUUCCCAUACAAACAUGGCAUGAGAUGAACACUGCAAGGCCUUCCUUGUCCUCCUAGCUGGAGGAAGAGGCCCAGGACCCUCACCACACCCCUUUAUGCCGCUGCUUCUUCCUGACUGAUGCAGCAGGGAAUGAGUGUGUGGCUUGCCCCGUGUCACAAUCACAAACGGGGACCCAGGCAGUAGCUGCCUUUCUUAAGCUCUUAGUCUGGUGUCUUCCAACAGUUAUUAGACUACAACUCCCAUCAUCCCUAACCAUUGGCUAUGCUGGUUGGGGAUGAUGAUGAUGAGUCUUUUUAUUUAUUUAUUAUAUUUAUAUCCCAGCUUUCCUCCAAAGAGCUCAAGGUAGAAGACAUAGUUCUCCUCCCCACAGUUGCCUCACAACAACCAGGUGAGGUUGGUUAGGUUAUGAGUGGCUCAAGGUUACCCAGUGAGCUUCAUGGCUGAGUGGGGAUUUGAACCCUGGUCUCCCAGAUUCUAGACCAACACUCUAACCAUUAUACCACACUAGGAAUUGUAGUCUAACGAUAUCUGGAGAGCACCUCACUGGGUUUGUCAGAUGGGAGACAGAACUAAAUGUGUCAGUUCAGUUAGUCUUCGGUUUCAGCAGGACAUGGGGAGGCUAAGAAGUUGUGAGAGAGGUGAGUUUUGAGGGAUUUGAAAGAUGGUGGUCUUCCAUAGAUAUGCUGGGAAGCAGCCCAAUGCAUAACAGGCAGCGAGAGAGUAAGGACAAAAUCACAGCUUCCCAAAAUUCUACUUGGGGACUCUUCACAAUUACAUCAGCCUUCCUCAACCUGAUGCCCUGCAGAUGGUUUGGACUACAACUCCUAUCACUGCAAACAUCUAGGAGACUGAAUAAUUACUGCCACUUAUAAAACAGCCUUACCCAACCUGGUGCCCUCUGGAUUUUUUAAGACUCAUCAAUAGCAGCCAGAAUGGCCAAUUAUCAGGGAUAAUGGGAGUUGCAGCCCAACAUCUGGAUACCAUAUUAACUAUCCCUGCCCAUGAGAAAGACAUGAUAGGAGCAAGGAAUGGGGGCAAUCAUAAUACUCUGUCUCAGUGUUGUUGUGGUUGUUAUUAUUAAACAGUGGAGAGAGGGAUGGUUCCCAAUUUCCAUUUGUACCCAACUUCACUUGUACCAGCCCAUGGACAAUAGAUAGUGAAAUAGCCAGUCCCAAUACUCCACUAACACCCUCUGUGCACAGGUGGCCAAGCCAAAGAGGCCAGAUGAGCAGUGGCUCAAUAUUUACUUCUCUUCCUCCUGUUUUGUAGUGCAAAAGUUUCAUUGAUCAGCAUGAGCCAAAGUUGUUCCUACUGCUUGCCAAGCCUUGGAGCGCCCAGAGGACAUGCCAGGUACGAGGCUAUCAUCCUUGAGAGAACAACAACAUUCAAUUUCACAUUGCUCACUGUUGGCGUAGCAUUUUCAGAUGUUAUAGUUGAGGAGCACAGCAUAGAGGCUUUGGAAAGCAUUUUCAAAGUGUAGCAAGCUGACACUCAGCUUCUGGACACAAGCAAGACAUGUGGAUCAGUCCCCAACUAAACAGCAGACGCUCUCCUGAACAUAACUAAACUUUCUGGAAGUUGGUUCUUCAGUUCCCCUAGUACAGCAUACCUUGCUUACUCCUGUGUACUGUAUUGACAUUUGGUCAUUGCCCUUCUGGCAGGUACUCUUAAGUGAUGGCCAGCAGAACCAAAUUCAGAUAUGGGAAGUUGUCAGAUACUAAAGUUUAAGAUGACCUGUAAAGCAAUCAAUGCAAAAGAGGAAGAUGAAAAGCCAAAUGGGUGCUGCUAGAACAUCAGGGCGAUGGUCCUCUAUAGCUCCUUGACGCUAUAGAGAAAGAAGAGGUGUGAGUGGGGAAAACCCCUUUUCAAGCCAUUCUAACCAUCUCAGAAUCUCCCAGAGAGGCCCCCAAUUGAUACUAUCCCUAUAUUGAAACAGGAAGUUUCUAGCAACAAAGGUGAACACAUUAUGUCAAGUAAAGGUGCCAAGCAGCAUGGACUGCUCUGCUUCUUCUCUUCAUAGAAUUGUAGAUUUGGAAGGGACACCAUCAUCUGUUCUAACCCCCUGCAAGUUUUUUCCUUGCUAACAGGAACUAGGAGCCUGCAUGGCUGAGAAGCCUUUUCCACGAACUACUGCCUGUGCCCAGGGCCCCACUUAUUGGUGCUCCAGCCUGAGCACUGCUGAGGAAUGCAAGGUGAGAAUGGAGUGUUGGUUCUUUGGGUUUGUAAUGUGCCAAAAGAAGAAAUCUAUCUCCAGAUGCCAGGAUUUUGCCCUAAUGGUCUUUGACAACAGGAAGCUUUGAGACUGGUUCACUAAGGGCUCAUCUGCUUGCCCUGCUGCUUUCCCCCAGGAAAACCCAGUCUUUACCACUGAAUCAGAGCAAACAUCAACCAGUUUUUCCACAGAUUGACAUUUGUUCCAAUUCAGCGCUAAAGAGCAGGCUUUCCUGGAGAAAGUGGUGGGGCAAGUGGAAAGCCACUUGGACCCAUGCUUUCUAGGCAAGGGGACGAGUGCAAGUGUGGACAAGCCCUAAGAAACAAGGAAAAAACCCACUGACAAAGGCAUUUGUGGGUGAAGUCUUUGGGCAUAUUGUAAAAAUAAAAUAAGUCAUCCUUCUUCGCAUCUGUGAGAUAGAUGGAUAUAAAACUAUUAUUGUGUGUUUCCAUAUUUUAGUGUUUUUCUGUUUAUUAGUAGACAUGUGAAACACCCCUCCCCGCACAGGAAAAGAAAAGCUAGCUGCAAUGUUUCAAAAGUUUCCGUCUGUCAAUGGCUACCAAGAUAAUCACUGUAGGACAACAGCUUGGAAUCCCAUGGAAGCCCCUCUCAUUAUAUUGCGUGGAAUUGGCACAGGAGGUCCUGGUGAAAGAGUGUAAUAAGAUUGGGCUUUUGCGGCACUUGCAGUCUAUAAAUGCAACCAUUUCCCACAAGCUAAUUCCACUUUCAGCUGUUAAACCAGAGCUUUCACAUGCCCCCAGCACAGAAACUGCAGAGACCCUGAAGUUCCCAGGUAGCUUCUGUACCUUCAUCUACUACAGAAUGUCUGCAUUGCCUCUUUUGGGUAUGGAUCUAAUUUCUCUCUUCUCUCCCUUCUAGGCUGUGCAGCACUGCCAGGAUCACGUGUGGCUGUAGCCAAAGAACGGGGAGCCAGGAGCAUACAGCGAAUAGGGGAGGGUUACACAGCCUUGCCCCACGAACCACUUGCUUGGAUUCUUCCUGAUGACUGAUCAUUGUGGCAGGGGAUGAGGGAAACCAUGAAGCUCUCAUACUCUCAACUAUUACAGUUAUGCCUCAUCCCCCAAUUUGCGUUUGAUUUUAUUUAUAAAAAUAUUUAUAGGCUCAUAGCAGGGCAGCAUAGAGCAAAAUUUACAAGAGAAAGAAAAUACUGUUAAAACCAUUCCAAAUGAUCAUGAAAAAGGCAGGUGUAUCUGAAAAACUUAAACUGAUGAACAGGCCUGUUGACAUUUUAAAAAGUCUUCAAGAGACUCCAGGAGGCAAGGAUACCCACCUAAUUUCUGUUGGAAGACUCUUCCGCAGCAUGGGUCUGAUGACACUAAAUGCCCAGCUUCUAGUUGAGACCUGCUGGGCCUCUGUGACACAGGGGACAACUAACAGUGUUCCUCUGGAUGACCUCAGUGACUGAGCUGGGAUAUAAGGGCUCAGUCAAUCCUUAAGGUAUCCUGGACUCAAGGUAUUCAAGGAUUUGUAUAUUAAUGCAGGAACCUUGAUACUUGACCCAGCAGAUGAGCAGCCGUGUAGAUGUUUUAACAGAGGUGUUAUAUGCUGGCAGCCAUUUGCCUCCAUUGGUAGUCUAGCCAUUGCAUUCUACACCAGCUGGAGAUUUGGGAUCGAGCCCAAGGGCAGCCCCGCAUGCAGUGCAUUGCAAUAAUUCAGUCCUGAGGUCACUAAUGCAUGGAAUGCAGAGGCCAGGCUACCCCAGUUCAGAAAUAGCCCAAGUUGGCAAAAGUUGCUCCUAGGCACAGGGGUCACUUGGGCCUCCAAUGACAUGGAUGUAAUCCAGGAGUACCACCCCAACCCACGGACCGGCAACCCUCACCAGAACAGACACAUGAACCUCCUACCCAAAGAGCCUCCAUCUUCCCUGGAUCCAAACAGUUUAUUGGCUCUCAUUCAGUCCACCACUGCAUUCAGUCAUGGGUCCAGGACUUCCACAGCCUCUCCCGAUUCAGAUAUUAUGAAAGAUAUAUCCCACCCUACCUCCCAAAAAAAGCUCCAAAAGUCCUGCUCUCAAUAGAUCUACAGUGGUGCCUCGCAAGACGAAAUUAAUUCGUUCCGCGAUUUUUUUCGUCUUGCGAUUUUUUUCGUCUUGCGAAGCACGGUGUCGGGAAAGUUUUGGAAAAGCUUCAAAAAUCACCAAAGUCUUUAAAAACCUCAAAAAAGGCUACCACACCGCGUUCUAUGAGUUGCUCCUCGAAGUCAAUUCAAUACUGUAUUAACGGUGUUAAGUAAAAGGAAACAAACUUGCAAGACGUUUCCGUCUUGCGAAGCAAGCCCAUAGGGAAAAUCGUCUUGCGAAGCAGCUCAAGAAACAAAAAACCCUUUCGUCUAGCGAGUUUUUUGUCUUGCGAGGCAUUCGUCUUGCGAGGUACCACUGUAUGUAGAUAUUAAAUAACAUUGGGGACCAAUGUGGAACUCUACAGCACAAGUGCCAGGGAGCCGAACCCCCCUCCCCAUAUUACUCUCAGGAUUCAAGCCACACAGGUAGGAACAAAGCCACUGUAAAAGUGCCUUCAAUAUCCAUCCUGAGCAGUUGGUCCAGGAGGAUACUAUGGUCAAACUCUUGGUCUAAUUUCAUACGUGUCUGAGCAUGAAGCUGUUGCAGCAAAGGGAACCAGAAGACCAUGCUCCAGUUUUCAAGCAUCAUCAAUUCAAACAUUUGUUGUUAGCAAUACCUCAGUGAGACACAAGUUCUGAGAUGCUACUUGACGGUUAGAACUCUUGUAUGAAAGUUGUAACUAUUAGCAAAAUCAGUGUCCAAGUGAAGUGCUACUUUCCAACUCAGGUGGCUGAACUGUGGCCUGCAGGCCAUAAGCGGCCACCAAAGGGAUUUCCGGUGGUCCUCCAAGUGGAAGUGGCACCUGACUGGGAUGGUGGUGAAGGCAGAGUGUUCAUUCUCCACCUGCCAUCAUAAUCCUGCUUCACUACAUUAAGGGGAAGCUAUUGUGGCAAAGGAGGGAAGGGGUGGAAAUUAAUAACAACUACAGAGAGUGGACAUGGCCUAGGGAUGUCAUUGAUGCAAAUGAAGUUAAUAAGAGGACAUGGCCCCUUUCACUCACUUUAGCCAUCACUGCACUUGCUCAUCACGUGACCAUUUCUGCUGAAUGCUAGUCCAGUUUUCAGCAAAAGAGUUUGCUCUGGAGAAAAGACAUACCAUAUUAGAAAACCAAGUAUACACAUUUAAUGCACACAGGACUCAGAAGUAGUAGCCUUGAACAAAACACAAGGGAAAGGCCUUCUCCUGUCGCCCCCUGAAAUUGAUUUCAGCACUAGGUAGACUUGCUGGACAAUGAAAUGGGAUGCAGAGUUAGCUGUGCCCAAAGAAGUCGAGAAAAUACACUCUUGCCCUGUCUUCUUGCUUGUUCUUCUCCAAUGAAAACAUAGCCAGGACUGAGCUGCCAAGUGGCACCAAGGAGUCCAUUCCCUGCUGGGCUGCUUAAUGAACAGAGCCAGGAACAGGAAGAGAGAGGCUUCUAAAAGACAACACCAGCUUGACUGACCGAACACCAAACACCAGUCUCCAUUUCACAGUAGAGGUGAUGCUGUGAUUGCAUCUGCAUCCUUCUGGCGCUCUCCGUUUCCCUUUUCAAGCCCCUUGCUGGUUGGUCUCCUCUUUGCUAUCUCGUCUUUUCCAGAUCUACAGAAUCGAAACGCAUUGUAAGCAGAGAUUGCAUGCAACCAAACUUUGUUGUCUACUUCAGCUGCCUGUGCAACUGCACUCAGGUUUCUUCUUAUGCCACCGAAAGGAAUUACUCCUGUUAGAGCCAGACUGAUUCCAGCCCACUUGUUUAGGUUUUAUGCUUUACCCCCAACAGCAAAAUCCGCAAAGCUUGCACACAGAGGGAGAUGUCACCAGCAGGCACCUCAUUGCUGCUUGUCUUGGGACCCUGCAGGGCCUUUUUGUGCUCUUGAGGGCUCCCUGGGACCUCACGGUGGCAAAAGGCACAGCAGGCGGUUUCCAUGGGAUUUCACUACCUAGCAAAACUAGAGCUCCCUUCAAAACCCCACCAUCACCAUCACCAAAACCCAGUACUAACCUGAAUGUAAGCCUCAGAGAGGGUGAUCAUCUGGGGAAGAAUGUCUGUCACCUGCAAAUCUUGCAGCUCAUACCACUUGCCUGUGCCCUGCAACACCAGGAAAGGAAAGCCACAUCAGGAGAUAGGCUAGCAAGGAGAACAACAUGGCAAAAGAGUUUGCUGCUGGAACUCAGACCAAGUUAAAGCUGCAUUUUGAAUGCCACUUUCAAAAUCUCAGGAAUCAACAAGACCAAGUCUGAGCUAAGACUCACGUGGUGCAAUACAUGGUGCAAUGGACCCAAGACUCACAUGGUGCAAUACAUGUAUCCGGUAGGCCCCUUCUGUUGGUUUCCCAUCAUGCACGAUGUUUGCGAUGAGAUCAUAGGUUGUGUUCUUAUGUACAGCCUGCACUUCCUCAGACAGGUAUUCCCGGAGAUCUACAUUCCUAUAGCAGGAAGGGAGGCAAGUGAGAAACUGUAAGAUACAGGAGUGCCUGCAGCCUCCCUUUUGAAAGGCAGAGGCCCAUACAGUUCAGAAAGUUGCCUGCCAGCCUUGAAUGGUCAUCCCAACAUGCUCAGCCCAGAAAUCCUGCUUGCUGGGCUCGAGUGGUGGUGGUGGGGCAGCCACCACUUGAGCUGCUGCAGUGCAUCCUGCAAAAGUCACACUUGCAUGGGAGAAGCCCUCUGGAAGGGGGCUGUUGACAGCUACACACUUUGACUAGUAAGCAAGCCAAAAUGUGUGGACCCCUGCCAAAUAGAGCGCCUUCUGCUUCAGGUCUGAUAGCCUGGUUCAAGGUUUGCAACAUCCAAGGGUUAGUAACAAAUAAAUAGGUUUGUAUGCUGAAAGAAACAGGAAACAGAGAGAAGGUACGACCUCCUUUACUUGACAGUUUCAAGAGCCAGUGUCCAAUUAUUUGAAUGCCAGCAUGGGAUGGGUCACAAUUGUGAGAACCAGGAGACUAACAAAAGUGAAAUGCGGGAAAGGCUCACUCCUGCUGAGACCCUGCUCAGAAUGCUGUAGGCGAUACUCAGAAGUGUACAGUAAGAGGCAAAGUCUGUGCCACGAGCUACGUACAAUCACAUAUAGAGCCAUUGCCAUAAACUAGUUUUAAAGAAGGGGCUAAGAGGGUGAUAUACAGGCUGCUCUCUCCCACCCCAAAGUGGGCUGCCAGCGAGUGGUUUCCACUGUCACUACUUUCAGCAAAUGGCUCUCUGGCCUUUGAAGUAAUAGGCAGCUGCAGAAAGGAGAGAAACAAGCUAUUAACUUGGUGGUAGUAAUGGUGGUUCCUGACAGUAAUGCCCCCCAUUGCCACUGCACUGAGAACGUCAGUGCCCCUGCCAAACAGCUUGAUGAAAAGCAGCUUGAUGAAAAGUGGUGUGCAAAUACUUGAAAUAAAAAUGGAAAUU